UGAGCCUAAACCCCACAGCGUGUUAUCGCAGCCCAAAAACCCUUAUUGCCUUAAUCUUCUCUCCAAAACUACGCCUCCUUCUCCGCUGCCAUAGGCUUGCUCUCCCGCUAGCUCUCCCGCUAGCUCUCUCUUCUGGCUGCCAUCAAUGGCCGCACUUCCUCCUUCCUCUAGCUUAAGCCCCAAAACGGUAGAGAGAGCUGUAAACGCUCUCCUAAAAUGGCGAGCUGCCAAAUCCAAGAUCCAAAAACCUCAAUUGCUAGAACAUGAUGAAUUCGUUUACCUAAUUUUAACUCUUAAAAAAAUCCCGCAAAAGGGUGUUAGCCGCAUCAAUGCCCACAAAAUCCCCCUCCCCAACCCCUUGAUUAACCCUCAGAAUGACAACUCCGAGCUCUGCUUAAUCAUCGAUGACAGACCCAAAUCCGGCCUUACCAAAGACGCAGUUAAGAAGAAGAUCCAAAACGACGACAUACCCAUCUCCAAAAUCAUCAAGUUAUCCAAGCUCAAGACUGAUUACCGUCCCUUUGAGGCGAAAAGGAAACUGUGCGAUUCCUAUGAUAUGUUUUUCGCAGAUAAAAGAAUCAUCCCUCUCUUGCCUAAGAUGCUGGGGAAGCAGUUUUUCAAGAAGAAGAAGAUUCCAGUGGCAGUGGAUUUGAAGCACAAGAAUUGGAAGGAGCAGAUUGAGAAGGCAUGUGGGUCGGGUCUGUUGUUUUUGAGGACUGGGACUUGUAGUGUGGUUAAAGUGGGAAAAGUUUCAAUGGCCAGAGAGGAGAUAGUGAAGAAUAUUGUGGCUGCUAUUCAUGGGAUUGCGGAGAUUGUGCCUAGGAAGUGGGGUGGUAUUAGGUCUUUCAAUUUGAAGUUGCUUGAGAGCCUGGCUUUGCCCGUUUAUCAGGCGCUUCCUGAUUUGAAGUUGAAGAUCGAAGGUGUCAAGGAGGGGGAAAAGGUGGAGCAGGAGGUUGAGAAAGAGGUAGUUGAGGAGGAGAAAGUAAAGAAGAAGAAGGGGAGGAUACAUGAGAUUAGGUAUAUGGAUAGCAAUGUCAAUGAGGAUGAUAUUGAGUUGAACAGUGAUGGUGAAGGAGACAUCGAUAAUGCUGAUGGUGGUUAUAACGAUAAUACCAGUGCGUUAGAGGUUAAGAAGAGAAAGAAGGGAGAAAAGGGGGGAAAUGAGAACAAAAUUAAAGUGAAGAAAGAGGAUCGGGUCAAGCAAAAGAAAAAUGUAGAGAAAGCAAAAAAUGAGGAUGGUAUUAAGCAGAAGAAGCAUAAGAAAACUCAGUUGGUUUCAACAAAAUUGAAGUGAAAGCUGAGAAACUUGCAGGAUAAUUACUGUAGAGGAUUUUCAUCCUUAGAAGUUUUGGUAUGACGUUUGAUUUUUGUGUAAUUUCUAUAUUUCGGUACUGCCAGCAAAAAAAUUUUAGAACCUAAUUUCACAAAAUUUCAGCAUUCGCUGUCUCAGUUCAUUUUCUUGAGAUAACUUGUUACAAUAUAUUUUCAUAUUUUCUCAUGAUAUCCUUUUUAUCCCA